AGACCCUAUGGCGGACACCCGGGAAGAAUCGGAACCCCUUCUGAGCCGGGCCCGCGGCGGCAGCGGCCGCGACUGCCCAAGGGGCGUACCCGCUCGCAGCAGCGUCCAAGAGAGCCCUGGCGCCGCAGCCAGGCGGGAUCUGUGCUUGGACCAGGCUGUGGUCCUCAUCGAAGACGCCAUCCAGUAUCGCUCCAUCAACCACCGCAUGGACGCCCGGUCUCUGUGGCUCUACAGGCGGUACUACUCCGGCAGCAGCCAGUGGAUUCUGAGCUUCACCAUUUUCUUGAUCCUGGCUUUGGCCUUCGUUGAGACCCCUUCCUCGCUCACGCGCACCUCGGACGUGCGCUACCGCCUGGCCCCCUGGGAGCCGCCCUGCGGCCUGACCGAGGGCGUCGAGGCGCUCUGCCUGCUGGCCUUCGCGGCCGACGUCUGCGUGAAGAGCUACCUGAUUGGGUGGGCCCAGUUCCGGAGGAACCCCUGGCUGCUGGCCUACCUCGUGGUGCUGGUUGUGUCUCUCCUGGACUGGAUCGUGUCGCUGAGUCUCGUCUGCCAGGAGCCCCUGCGAGUGCGCCGGCUGCUGCGCCCCUUCUUCCUGAUGCAGAAUUCCUCCAUGAUGAAGAAGACACUCAAGUGCAUCAGGCGCUCGCUGCCAGAGAUGGCCAGCGUCGGGCUGCUGCUGGCCGUGCACCUGUGUCUCUUCACCGUGUUUGGGAUGCUGCUCUUCACCGGCGAGAAGGACGCCGGGCAGGACCGGGAGCGGCUGACCUACUUCUUCAACCUGCCUGAGGCGCUGACUACCCUCCUGGUGCUGCUGACCACCGCCAACAAUCCCGACGUGAUGAUCCCUGUGUAUUCCAGGAACCGAGCCUACGCCAUCUUCUUCAUAGCCUUCACCCUGAUUGGGAGCUUGUUUCUGAUGAACCUGAUGACGGCCAUCAUCUACAACCAGUUCCGGGGCUACCUGAUGAUGUCUCUCCAGACCUCACUGUUGCGGAGACGCCUGGGAACCCGGGCUGCCUACAAGGUCCUCUCGUCCGUGACAGCGGAGGGAGAAACCCACCCCGAGCGACUUGGGGUGAAGCCUGAGGAUUUCUUGCAAGUGCUCCAGAAAGUCCAGCUGGACAGUGACCACAAACAGGCCAUCACAGAGAAGCUGCAUUCCCGUGGCAGCGGCCUGCUAUCAACUGACGAGUUUCAGAAACUCUUCGACGAGUUUGAAAAGAGGGUGGUUAAAGAGCACCCGCCGCGGCCCGAGUACCGGUCUCCGUUUUUGCGGACCACCCAGUUCCUCUUUGGCCACCACUACUUUGACUACCUGGGCAACCUGAUGGCCCUCGGAAACCUCGUGACCAUCUGCGUGUUCCUGGUGUUGGACGCACACGUGCUGCCCAAGGACCGCGACGACUUCGUGCUAGGGAUUCUCAACUGCAUCUUCAUUCUGUACUACCUGCUGGAGAUGCUGCUCAAGGCAUUCUCUCUGGGCCUGCAGGGCUACCUGUCCUACUCCAGCAACGUGUUUGACGGGCUCCUCACCAUCGUCCUGCUGGUUUUGGAGAUCUCCACUCUGGCUGUGUACGGCUUCCCACACCGGGGCUGGAAGCCGGUGAUGUUGGGCCUGCUGUCGCUGUGGGACAUGACGCGGCUGGUGAACGUGCUCAUCGUCUUCCGCUUCCUACGCAUCAUCCCCAGCAUGAAGCUGAUGUCCCUGGUGGCCAGCACCAUCCUGGACCUGAUCAAGAACAUGCGGGCCUUCGGUGGGAUCCUGGUGGUGAUUUACUACGUCUUCGCCAUCAUCGGCAUCAGCCUGUUCCGGGGUGUCGUCGUGGCUCCUAGAAACAGCAGCCUAGCCUCUGUUAACGGUUCCGUGCCCUGCGGGAGCUUUGAGCAGUUGGAGUACUGGCCCAACAACUUCGAUGACUUUGCGGCCGCCCUGGUCACUCUGUGGGACGUGAUGAUUGUGAACAACUGGCAGGUGUUCCUGGACGCCUUCCGGCGCUACGCGGGCCCGUGGUCAGAGGUGUAUUUUGUGCUCUGGUGGCUGGUGUCGUCGGUCAUUUGGGUCAACCUGUUUCUGGCUCUGAUUUUGGAGAACUUCCUUCACAAGUGGGACCGCCGCAGCCACCUGCAGUCCUUCACGGAGGACACCUCUGAGAUGACCGAGGAGCUCCCGUUCAGGGACGUCCUGGAGGAGCCCACGGAGGAGGAGCUGGUGGAGAAGCUGAGCCGCCACCCGCACCUGCAGCUGUGCAGGUGACGUCCGGACGCCUUCCCGGCUGCGGCGGCCGGCGGCCAGGCGGCCUCGGGAGGCUCUCAGGCCCGGGAGGAGGCGGCCGCGGCCCAGAGGAGGGGCCUUCCCCUUGGGCAGACCCGCUGCGCGGACCGAGGCUGGACAGGCGCAGGCCCUGAUUCGCAGCCGAGCAGGACCGCUCCGCAGCCCCUCGGGUGCUGUUCGCGCCACUCUCCUUUAUAAGCUGCUUCCGAGGGACUUCCUUUUCUAAAUACAGCGGGUGACUCCACAGGGACCACUGACGUGUGAACGGAGACGCAGCGGCCUUUGCCUCACGCCCUGCCGUUUCCGUGGUGCCUUUGCUGCUGGUGGCCUUCAGGGACCGGGGGCCCGCGCAAGGCCCACACUGGCCGACUGGCAGCUUUCCGGGGCAUGAAGCUUGGGAUCCUGGUUUUACACAGGAAGCUGGGCUGUUGUUUUAUUGUUUUACGGCUCGUGUGAGUGUGAUCGAGUGUGUUUCCUUCUGGGUGAGAAUGCCAGUCAUCCUUAUCAGUAGGCCUCAGGAAACGUGAGGUUGUUGCCUACUGGAACGGGACUGCUUCUGUGGAGCGGGGCUGGCAGGGCUCAGCCAGUCGGAAACCAGUGCUGUGGCCAGACCAGCCCUCGCGGUUCUUACUGUGUUUGCAAGAAGCCUUUCAGCAACAGCUGUCAGG